CCUUGCUGAAAAACAGGAAUUGAAACGUACUUGCACUGUACUCACAUAUAGUGUUUAUCAAUUAUAUGUGGAAACAGAAGACAGGUUAAUGGAGAACUGUAGUCUUUAAAAACAUUUUUCUUAGCUAAUUAGCGUGCGCUUUUAGCUAACACCUAAAAGCUGGCGUUAGCAGGAUCACUUAACAGCUAAAUGCAAACAUCUCGACAUCAGUCGUCGUGUGUUGUGGACUUUAAACGCCACAAGAAUGCUUAGCUCUGGGCUGAUUUACGUCACUUUGUGUGCCACCUUUCCAGCCUGGCUGAUGAUCGGAUCUCGGAGGAGUGAUAUGAGAAGUCGCAAGGAAAUGGGCCCCCGAAUCGACUGUUGAUGGCAGGCAAACGGAAAUACAUGGACACAGAAUUACCCCCUCAGGAAUCUGAAGACCUCUUCCAGGAUCUAAGCCAACUCCAGGAGACAUGGCUCACAGAAGCUCAGGUUCCUGACAGCGACGAGCAGUUUGUUCCGGAUUUCCAUUCUGAGAACUCGGUGGCCUUUCACAGCCCCCCCGUCACCAUCAAGAAGGAGCCACAGAGCCCGGGCUCGGACCCCAGCCAGUCAUGUAGCCACAAGCAGAGCUUCAGCUACCCCAGUGGAGAGCAGUGCCUUUACGCCAGUGCCUAUGAGCAGAAAAGGGCUGCAGGGGGCACCAAGAGCUCCUGCCCGGGGACCCCCAUGUCCCCCAUGCAGCAGCAUUACUCCCCGAAACCAGCGGCUGCCGGCCGACCCGACGCCGGCUACAUGAACCCGGCGGCCGCCUCGCAGCCACUGCCUAGCAACACCUUCCCUCUCAAUGCCAGAUAUCAGGGCCCGUCAGCAGACCCCAUGUGCCCCCAGUUUCCCGCACCGGGCCAAGCCUUUCAACGAAUGCCCUCCGCACCAGCAGGGCAUGGCAGCGGUAGGGGGGGCGGGCCGGGGGGCGGCGGGGGCGGAGGCUACCACCGUCAGCACUCGGACCCCUGCAUGCCGUAUCUGCAGCAGAGCUUCAAACAGGAAUACAUGGACCCCCUGUACGAGCGGGCGGCUCACGUAGGGGCGCAACAGAGCCGAUGCCAGGGGCCGCCACCCCACGCAACCCAGCACCCCCACUCACAUCUGCACCCACACAGGUUCCCACCGGCUCACAUGAUGGUCAAGCAGGAGCCCACAGACUACACCUACGACACAGAUGUGUCUGGAUGUUCUUCCAUGUACCACCAUAGCGAGGCCUACCCGACCCCCCAGCAAGGCAGCGAAGGUUACCUGUUUGAAAACGACUCCCGUGUGGUUCCAGAGAAGUUUGAAGGUGAGGUGAAGCAGGAAGGCGGUGGCGGUGGCGUGUUCCGCGAGGGCACGCCUUACCAGCGGCGCGGUUCGUUGCAGCUGUGGCAGUUCCUGGUGGCGCUGCUGGACGACCCGGGUAACGCGCAUUUCAUCGCCUGGACCGGCCGCGGCAUGGAGUUCAAGCUCAUCGAGCCCGAGGAGGUGGCUCGCCUGUGGGGGAUGCAGAAGAACCGCCCCGCCAUGAACUACGACAAGCUGAGCCGCUCGCUGCGCUACUACUACGAGAAGGGAAUCAUGCAGAAGGUGGCGGGCGAGCGCUACGUCUACAAGUUCGUGUGCGAGCCCGAGGCGCUCAUCUCGCUGGCGUUCCCCGACAAUCAGCGGCCCAGCCUGAAGGCGGAGUUUGAGCGCUACGUCAACGAGGAGGACACGGUGCCGCUGUCCCACCUGGACGAGGGGGUGUCCUACAACCCCGCAGACGGUGUCGCCCCUCAGACCUACUCCAAAGGAUACAUGUACUAAAGCCAGCCCCACCCCCACCCCCAACCACCUCACCUCCCCUCCCCUCCCCUCCCCUCGCUGUACUGCCAAAACAUCUUCAUACAUGACCCCCGCCUCCAUGCACCUCUUGCACACGCCCCCACCCCACUUGUAUAUACAGCUAAGGUGAUUUUGUUUAAAUUAAUCUCAUAAGAAGCCUUCCUGUCACACCUGAGGCGAGAUUGCUUAAUAAAUCCUCAAUUAUACCAACAACAA